AUGGUGCUUCACAUGAGGAUUCAAGCCAAGAUGAUGCUCAUGCACAGGCAGGCUCCUGCUGUGGCAGUAGAGACUGAGACGUCCCCCAUACAUGGUGCUUCACAUGAGGAUUCAAGCCAAGAUGAUGCUCAUGCACAGGUAACAAUCAGGCAGGCUCCUGCUGUGGCAGUAGAGACUGAGACGUCCCCCAUACAUGGUGCUUCACAUGAGGAUUCAAGCCAAGAUGAUGCUCAUGCACAGGUAACAAUCAGGCAGGCUCCUGCUGUGGCAGUAGAGACUGAGACGUCCCCCAUACAUGGUGCUUCACAUGAGGAUUCAAGCCAAGAUGAUGCUCAUGCACAGGUAACAAUCAGGCAGGCUCCUGCUGUGGCAGUAGAGACUGAGACGUCCCCCAUACAUGGUGCUUCACAUGAGGAUUCAAGCCAAGAUGAUGCUCAUGCACAGGUAACAAUCAGGCAGGCUCCUGCUGUGGCAGUAGAGACUGAGACGUCCCCCAUACAUGGUGCUUCACAUGAGGAUUCAAGCCAAGAUGAUGCUCAUGCACAGGUAACAAUCAGGAAGGCUCCUGCUGUGGCAGUAAAGACUGAGACGUCCCCCAUACAUGGUACUUCACAUGAGGAUUCAAGCCAAGAUGAUGCUCAUGCACAGGUAACAAUCAAGCAGGCUCCUGCUGUGGCAGUAGAGACUGAGACGUCCCCCAUACAUGGUGCUUCACAUGAGGAUUCAAGCCAAGAUGAUGCUCAUGCACAAGUGUUAACCCUCGUGGAUUAUCCCCUAAGUGAUGAAACAGAUGAGGACUGCAUAGAAGACCCACUUCUAAAUCUACACUGCAAUGAGAUGUAUAGAGUAUCAGAUGUUUGUGAGCCUCUGUUUAGUUCAAAUGAGAGCACAGUGGAUGAAACUGAUGAGGAUUCCAUGAAAAACUAUUCUGGUGUGCAUUCAGAGCACAACAUUGUUCCAAAGUUAAGAAGGACAAAGAGCUUAUUGAUGGCUAGGAUACCAGAUUUUUCUGAUGCUCUUUUUGAUUCAAGUGAGGACAGCAGCGAAGGCCCUUCCUUUAAGUCUGAAAGAGCUUCACGAAGGCUGCAACCCGUAAGCAUCUCGUUUUUACUCACUUGUGUUAUCACUUAAAGGGUCAGGGUAAGUCUUUAAUACAGAUAAGACUCUGGACAUAUAUAUCUGUAAAGUUCAACUUGACUGGUUUGUGGAGGUACACAAGCAUGUGGCAGUUAUCCUUUACAUUACAAGUGACACAUCAAGAUAGGUUUUAAUGUUUCUGUGCCAGUCCAGUAGGCAGUUAACAGUGUAGUAAAAUGGUCAUAUUCAUUUGGAGGUUGAAGUAUUAACUUGGGCUUUUUCUU